AAUCACCGCUCAGUUCAACGUCAUCAUCGAGCGCCAUCAGGGAGCGUGUCAGAGUCCGGACCACGUGAACUGUGUAGACUGUCAAAGUCUCCGGGAGCCCAAUUUCCGGAAGCGGUGAGUUCUGAAAGAAGUUCCUGCACCGUAGUUCCCCAAGUCUGCGAAUCCCCAGCCAUGAGCGCCUCGGGCGUAGUGUCCUUUACCCAGCAAGGAUGGGAGCAGGUGCUGGCCAAAGUGAAACGGGCUGUGGUUUACCUGGACACCGCCUGCGCCGAAAGCCUGCACUGGGGCUGCGGAUCCACCUGUCUCCUGGAGGCGGUGGGGGGUCCUGACUGUCACCUGCGAGAGUUCGAGGCCGACGCAGUUGGUGGGGGAGCCAAGCAGCCCAAGGCGGUGUUUGUGCUGAGCUGCCUGCUGAAAGGCCGGAACGUGGAGAUCCUACGGGACAUCAUCUGCCGCAGUCACUUCCAGUAUUGUGUGGUGGUCACAACCGUGAGCCACGCUGUCCACCUCACAGCUAAUCAUGUCCCAGCAGCGGCAGCGGCCGAGAUGGAGGGGCAGCAGCCGGUGUUCGAGCAGCUCGAGGAGAAGCUGUGUGAAUGGAUGGGCAACAUGAACUACACGGCCGAGGUGUUCCAUGUCCCAUUGUUGCUUGCCCCUGUUGCUCCCCACUUUGCCUUAACUCCAGCCUUUGCAUCCCUUUUCCCACUGCUACCCCAGGAUGUGCACCUCCUUAAUAGCGCCCGACCGGACAAGAGGAAGCUGGGAAGCCUGGGUGAUGUGGACGCCACUGCCCUAACCCCAGAGCUGCUGCUGCAGAUCAGAUGCCUAGUGUCAGGCCUCAGUUCUCUGUGUGAACAUUUAGGAGUACGGGAGGAGUGUUUUGCUGUAGGUUCCUUAAGUCGGGUCAUCGCUGCGGAUCUGGCCAAUUAUACCCCUGCAAAGAACAGGAAGAAGACUGCUGCAGGCAGGGCAUCCGUGGUUUUUGUGGACAGAACCCUGGAUCUCACAGGAGCAGUUGGACAUCAUGGAGACAACUUAGUAGAGAAGAUCAUUUCAGCACUUCCCCAGCUCCCAGGCCACACAAACGAUGUGAUGGUUAACGUGGUAGAGCUCACUGCACUCCAUACUGAGGAGGAAAAUUAUAAUGUGGUUGCACCAGGCUGUCUUUCACAAUCCAAUGACACCACAGCCAAAGCCCUGUGGGAAGCUUUACUGAACACUAAGCACAAAGAGGCAGUGAUGGAAGUUCGGAGACAUCUAGUGGAAGCGGCAAGCAGAGAAAACCUGCCAAUCAAGAUGAGUAUGGGGAGAGUCACACCGGGACAGCUCAUGUCCUAUAUUCAGCUCUUCAAGAACAACCUCAAAGCUCUAAUGAAUCAUUGUGGCCUCCUCCAGCUUGGGCUGGCCACAGCUCAAACGUUGAAACACCCACAGACUGCCAAGUGGGACAACUUUCUGGCUUUUGAAAGGCUCCUUCUUCAGAGCAUUGGGGAGUCAGCAAUGUCCGUUGUGUUAAAUCAGCUGCUGCCCAUGAUUAAGCCUGUAACCCAGAGAACCAAUGAGGACUACAGCCCUGAGGAACUGCUGAUCCUUCUCAUAUAUAUUUAUUCUGUCACUGGAGAGCUCACAGUAGAUAAAGACCUGUGUGAAGCAGAAGAAAAAGUCAAGAAAGCAUUGGCUCAGGUCUUCUGUGAGGAAUCUGAAUUGUCACCUUUGCUGCAAAAAAUUACGGAUGGAGUGGUUUCCAAGCACCGUUCUGCAAGCCAGAAUCACCUGAGAUGGUUGUUAAAAAUACAGCUUUACAGGUCCUACCCUAGACCUACUGAAUCAGAAAGCUGAGGAGGCCUGUCUGAAGAUCUGUGUGGAACUGGAGCAGUGUGUUCUGUCUGGAGCUCCCUUGAUCAAGCAUGAGGAAUGGCUUUCCUUUGAGACAUCAUCUCACUUGAGCUACCCAGCACCUUGCCCUUUCUUCUGGAGCAAUUAAGGUCCUAGAUCAAUGAAUGGGGUGAGAGUUGUGUUCUUGGAGGGGAUCAGUGGAGGUUUUGGGUUUUAGUAGCAUUUUGGGCAUCAACGAGCAUCACCUCUUAUAGGCACACAACUGGCAACUUGCUAGCAAUGUUUGUCAGUGCCUCCCCCCAACCCCCAUCUCAUGUUAGCAGCAAGGUAACCCUUAGGGCACUGGUUUGGCUGUUCCCUCAGCUGUCUCUGGCACUGGACAGUCCCCACUGUGGAUUUCCAUGGUCUCACAGUCACCUAUUCAUGCAUUCCCUCUCUCUUCCCAUUUCCUUGGCCAAACCGGAAACAUUUAAAAACCUAACCUGGGAGUGAGAAAGCUCUAUGUGUACACAGCCUAAUCUUUUUGCCCUUUGCUUAGAUUAAUGUUGUUUAAACUUAAUGUUCAAGUGUUUGCAAAUCUUGCUUUCUGUUUCUGCAGAAAAUAAUUCAUGUCUAGCUAUCAGGCUAGGAUAGGGUGGAAAUGGGGGGACAGAAACAUACCUUGCAACAGGAGAAAUGAAAAUGAAAACUGUAAAUAUCCGGCAUGCUAUUCUUCAUUGAAAAUGUGAAUCUGUAAUGAAAAUUUUGUCUGGAGAGAGUGGGUCAGCAAAGAAGUCCUUCAAUAGCCAUUUAAUAGGAGCAGUAAGGAGUAUUGGACAGGAAUUUUACAUAUGCUCCAAAUAAUCUCACAGUUCAGAAAUAAGCCCUAAUUUUUUUGUAUGAAUAAGCCCUAAGUUUAUUAUGUUAAAAAUAUAAAAUAAUAUAAAAUUAAAAAUAAAAAACAUGAAAAUAAUAUAAAAAUAAGUUUACCAUAAUAAUAUUAAACAUGAAAACAUUUAGAGUAAGUACAGCUGCCAUUUACUGAGUGCCUAUAAAAUGCCUUGUGUACUUUCCCUCAUUAUACCUCAUAGCAAUCCUGUGAAGUAGGUGUUACCACCCAGUUUACAAAUGAGGAAGACUGGGCUUAGAGAGGUGAACUGACUUAUGUGACAUCACAAAACUAUUAGGUGAAAAAAUUACAAUUCAAAUGUAGGCCCAUCUGGAGUCAAAGUCCGAGUUCUUUAUGUCUGCCUGUAUUGCCUACUAAUUCUGGACCGAGAGGCUCCGACAUUCCCUCCCCACCUAUUUAUUCUGCUUAUUUCUCUUUGUUUAUUGUGACACAGCUGUGCCAUUUAGUGGCUGAAGUUCUUGGCAGGACAGGGUUUAUGCUGAGGCUCUUCCUUCCCUUUCAUGGUGAGUGAGCUGGGGCUUGUCACCAUGUCAGGGUUCGGAGGUCAGAGUUCAGGAUUUUUUUUUUUUUAGACGGAGUCUCGCUCUGUCACCCAGGCUGAAGUGCAGUGGCACGAUCUCAGCUCACUGCAACCUUUGCCUCCUGAGUUCAAGCAAUUCUCCUUUCUCAGCCUCCUGAGUAACUGGGAUUAUAUGUGCCCACCACCAUGCCCAGCUAAUUUUUGUAUUUUUAGUGGAGAUGGGGUUUCGCCUUGUUGGCCAGGCUGGUCUCAAACUGCUGACCUCGGGUGAUCCACCCGCCUCAGCCUCCCGAAGUGCUGGGAUUACAGGCAUGAGCCACUGCGCCAAGACUAGGGUUCAGAAUGUUUUUUGCUUGGCACCAAAGUAAGUGAGUCUUGGGAAGUUUAUUCCUUAGGUGAUUCCAUCAGGUCAGUAUUGGGUUCAAAUGGAUAAUGUGAUGUGAUGAUGGCAGCUGAAAUUAAAAGCAAGAACUCACUUUGGGGGAAAAAAAAACAAGAAAAAUAAGAGUGACCUUGGUAGCUGCUUAUAUUAGCAUUCUUGAUUAAUGUCUGCUUUUAAAAAAUCACACUGGUAAUGCAGCUAUAAUCAUUGUACCAGUCACAACCAAUUAGUUAUGUUUAUGUAAUAUGAAACAAUAUGCAGGCAGGGCUGCCUGGGAUCCCACUUUCUUCCACAAAGGGAGUCAAGAUCACAUGGAUUGCCGCUUCUGUCUGUGCCUUGCCUUUGCAGGACACUAUUCUGAUUGCGACCAGGUCUGUUACGUAAGCACCGCAUUCAGUCUGCUCUGCCAGUAAGUCACAAAGUUACUUCUUUUGUGGACGUGGAAGGGACCUGAAAGAACUGUCCAUAACAGCAUGUUCCCAAUUCAAUCAGCCUCUAUCCUUCUACGCCUCAGAAAAGAAACUGGAUGGCAGACUCAUAACCAGCAAGCCCUAGCUGUUCUGGAGCCCUGUUUUGUUUGGCCUACUCAGUGUUUGUGAUAACUUUCGUUUGGAGCCCAAACUUGAACAAUAGAGACUUCACAUGAAUAGCUGGAUUUUGUUUGUGUGUUUCUUUUUGAAAAAUGCAAGGAAUGGUAGGAAUUGGUUGGAGUUGAAUCAUGGUUGCCCCUUAGAAGGGGCCUGUGCUCCCAGCCCACCCCAGAAUCAAUCCCUUUCAUUCUCUUGUGUUACAUGUGGGCCCUUAGGUGCAGUGGAGUUUAUGGCCUCUGCUUUCCCUUCACUGGCAUGUUUUCCCUCCACCACCCUGUUGGUGGAAUACAAGAUUAUAAUGAGCAACAGUUCUGAUCAAAUUGGAAAUAGUUCACUUAUCAUUGUGUCAAUUUUUUGUAAACAGGAACUCAAGAUCCACACAGUUAUAAGUGUCCUUAGAGGCCCAGAAAUGUAUCAAGUACCAGAUAUGGCACAUAGUAGCCGCUUGGCAAGCGUCUAUUGAGUGAAUCUACGAAUAGAACUCCUGAGUGUGUGGGGACUCAGGGUCAUUUGUUUGGCUGGAAGAAGAGACCUUACAGGGCAGUUUGGGAAUAUUAAUGACACUCUUUAAGUACACAAAGAGUUUGGAUGACAGCUAGCAAUUUUUUUUCAUUUCCAUAAAAUACAGGAUUUUAUUUUUAUUUUGUGAUGGGAUACCUUGGCCGCGUUAUACCAACACCCUUCUGGGGGACAUUAAACUUUGGUGACCUUAUAAAAUUUCAAUAAAUUUUCUUUUUCUCAUCCAAGCAAAAUGUCCUCUUGGGUUCAGUUGGGUGUGACGCCUGACAGUCUCUCUAACCUGAUACUGUCUAUUUCUUCCAGUGUGGACUGUGAAACAGGGACCUCUGUGUCUUUGUGCCCCAGAGACAUUUGGUGUUAACCAUGAACGCUUAUACUGUUAAUAACAUUUAGGUCCUGUCCUACAAGGAAAAAUACAAGUUAUUAAUGCUUCUAUCACAGUGAUUUAGGACUAGGGCUUCACAGAUUGACAGGGUUUGAAUCUUCGUUCUACUAUUUGUUCAUCAUGUGGCCCUGAGCAAGUUAUAUCUCAUUGCUGUGCCUUAAUUUUCUCAUCUGCAAAAUGAGUAUCCCAGUAGUAAGAUCAUAGCAUAGUUAGAACAACGCCUUAAACAUAACCUCCAGUAAAUGACAGCUGCCACUCUGGUGGUAAUAAUGAUAGCAGAAGUGAUAUCUGUCUUAAAUUAUAAAAAUAUGCCACUAAGAACUUUUUUUUAAUUUGGUUUUUUGUCUCUUUUCCCCCAGCUUUAUUGAAGUAUAAUUGACAAAUAAAACUGUGUGUAUUUAAGGUAUAGUUUUUGUCAAAUGCAUUUAUUACUUUGAAGAUUGCACAGCCCUUUUGUCACUAGACUAUAAAAAUAUUGGAUACAUUUUCACCCAUUAGUGUAUGAUUGAGUUGGAUUUGGUAAAACAGGAACCCUUCAGGUAUGCAUAGAAGGGGCCCCUUGCUUUCCUGGUUCUGACAGGCAGAGGAGGCCUGUUUGAGGGAAGGUAAUUAUCUUCCUGCAGUAAUUACUUUUCUAUAAAAAUCCAACACUCUCUCACCCCUGAUUACUGAAGGAAAACAAAGCUCUGGUUUCUGUAUGAGCUCCUUGUAGUGAGAGGCCAGCGUUGGAAUGUGGUGUGAUGUCACUGCUGAUUGGCCCCAGGGUUCUGGGUUUCAUCUGUGUUAUUGGAAUACCUCAAUUUAUCUGUUUUCUACAGGGGAUUACAGCACUCUUCAGGGGUUUGGAAAGUUCUGAAAUGAAAGCAUACUUCAGGGGUAACACAUGCCUAUACCAAACACUGGCAGUCCUCACAGGGCUAACAGUAUAUGCUAACCUUAUGGAGACUUUAUUUUUUCUUAACCAUCAAACCACAGGAGUUUUAAGCUGGCUUUAUUACCAUCUCUUCCUCUGAUCCACUCCCUUACUUACUUUGGGCAGAAACUUUAUUUUAUUUUUAUUUAUUUAUAUUUUGAAACAGUCUCGUUCUGUCGCCCAGGCUGGAGUGCAGUGGUGCAAUCUCAGCUCACUGCAGCCACUGCCUCCUGGGUUCAAACGAUUCUUGUGCCUCAGCCUCCCGAGUAGCUGGGACCAUAGGCACCCACCACUACACCUGGCUAUUUUUUUUUUUUUUUUUUUUGAGAUGGAGUCUCGCUCUGUUGCCCAAGCUGGAGUGCAAUGGUGCAAUCUCCGCUCACUGCAACCUCUGCCUCCUGGGUUCAAGUGAUUCUCCUGCCUCAGCCUCCUGAGUAGCUGGGAUUACAGGUAUGCACCAUCAUGCCUAGCUAAUUUUUGUAUUUUUAGUAGAGACAGGGUUUCACUAUGUUGGCCGGGCUGGUCUUGAACUCCUGACUUGAAGUGAUUUACCUACCUCGGCUUCCCAAAGUGCUGGAAUUACAGGCAUGAGCCACUGUGCCCAUCCAGAAACUUGAUUUUAGUAGCAAGAUUACAAAUGUUUAUGUUGGGCCUCUUCUUUCCAGUUACUUAAAAAUGCAUUUCAAGAGUCUACCAAGUAACAGUGAAUUCUAUCAGACUUGUUUCCCAAAGUGGCUUUUGUUCCCCUAUGUGAUAUGGAUACCACUGAAACAAAAGCCUUUUAUUUUAUUUUUUUUUACGUAGAUGCAUUGUAGAUUAUAAGAGGGAAUAGAUAUAGUAUGGCAGUUAAAAGGCAGAAGCAGGGAGGGAAGUCUUCUAGAGUCAGAAUCGAAUGUAUCCCUGCUAAUUAUGCCUGUGACCUUGGCAAGUUCUUACUUUUCAGUUUUGUCCUUUGUAAAUCAGGAGUCAUUUGUGUCCCGCCCUCUGGGUGGUGGGUAGGAUCACUGCUCAGCCCACCCUUAGUAAGCACUCAGCCACUAAUAUGUUACCUUUAUUACUGCUUUACUGUUAUUGUACCUUGCUGUAAACUGAAUCUGGAAGAAAAUUCUACUUACUGCAAUUAUGAGAUGUCAUGUUUUCAAAGGAUUUUCAAAAUACUUUUUUUUCUGAUACAAAUAUUUGAUUUAUCUCUCUUUGUGAUUGAAUCUCAUUUCAAAUUUUAUUGACCACCACGACCUCUUUAUUUAAUCAAUAACUACUCAAAGAUGGAGAAAUGCAGUCACCAAUAUGACUUAUGUCACUUAAUUUUAACUACCAGGAGACCACGAACUGCUUGAGCCAGUCAUUUCAUCAGUUGUCCCUUAUUUACUGAGCACCUACUAUGUGCCAGGCAGGAAUGGGUUCUGGGAAAACAAUGGCAAAUAAGAAAAAAUCCCCUGCCCUCAAAGAGCCUGUGGUUUAAUGGCAACAUUACUUCUUACUCGUGUUUGUGUCCAUCUCACAUUGCAUAGUACCUGGCAUACAAUGCUGAUGCUCAAUCAAAGUGGGAUUGUUUUGGGUGAAUUGAGUGCAGCUUAACUGAAAUGGAAGUCCAGUGCUCUUUCUGGAAAUUUUCUUUAAAAAAAUAAGAUUUUUCCAUGAAAAGACCACCUUGUCUUUAUGUUUUAUUUAUUAACAAUCUCAAUCCAUCUGAUUGGAUGGAAAAAUGAAUCUAGCUGAUUACUGUUUUCUUGCUUUUUAAAGAAGCCCUUGGCUGUGACUCUAUUUAUAUAAAAUUGCAUGUGGUGUUUUGGUAUAUCAAGACAUGUUUAAAAGAAGGUUUUUCCAAAAUAUAAACCAAGGUUGGAGACUUGCUCUUGAACUUUACUGUACUUUACAGCAUGAUGAGUUCCUUCUCUAGUGUGCACAAAACUCCUGGUCUGCCCACAAACCAUCAGCCUUCCCUUCUACACCUCCAGAUAAAGAAGAAAGACAGUGGGUGGUGGGAUGGGAAGGAGGUGGCGAGAGGAAGUCAUAUUAGGUGCUUGGCUUUGUAUGGAACACUGUAUGUGUUUUUUGUUGUUUUUUUAAAUCACCUCUUACCUUUGAGGUAGAUAGUGUUGAUCACCUGUACAGAUAAGGAACCUAAGGCUCAGAGGUUAAGAAACUUUCUCAAGAAUAUUCAGUAGAGAGGUAGCAGAGUUAGGAUUUGAACCUAGGUUUGCCAACCCCAAGCUGCUGUAUAUGGGAACAAGAAUGCACCUCUUCUCUAUCUAAUAGAUAUUCUUGGCUAAGUCUUGCAAGAGUGAAAAUUCUCUUACUCCAAGCUGCUCUGGGCCAGGUGAGACAGAUCACAGGAAGUGGUAGGUUAAAAUGUGGCCCCUCUUGUGCUACUCCUGUGUUCAGCUCUCCUGGGGUGGGGCACAGCAGCUUGAUAGGAGUCAGCGUGGUCUGGAAUUCCCUCAAGUUUCCAUGGUUUCAGUUCCAGUACACAGAGUGCUACUCUCCUCCUGUAGAAAAUGAGAAACACUCCUCUUCUGAGUCUGUUUCUCAGAAUCUGUUAGAUGAGACGCAGAAGUUUUGUCUAGGUCUAGUUAGAAAUCUUGCAUCUUUGGUUUUCUUUCUUCAUCAGCUUCUUCAACUUUGAUUGCAUACAGAAUUCUAGGAUAUCUGUGACAAGAUAAUGGUACUUAGAGGCUCUGUGGUUGCUUUAAGACCUGUUGGCAUCCAAAGGAUAUGUUAACGUCCAUCUGCUUUCUACCAUAUCCCUCAAAACCCCAAAUUACUGUGCUAUCUCUGUUAUUUGUUGAGAAGUAUGUGACUCAGGGUUCUUUUAAUUGUUAGAUAUGAAAGAAAAUCCAACUGAAUUAAUCAUAUUUAUUGGUUCACAAAACCCAGCUAUCCAAGGCCAUCCAGCUUCAGGUAUAAUUUGAUUCAGAAGCUGGAACAGUGUUAUCAGGACUCCAUCUUCCUUUACCUGUGCAAGUGCUCUUCUGUGUAGUAUAUCCUGUUAUGUCUUAUGUAAUUGUUAGCUGUUCACCAAAUAUUUCCAGCUUUCUUCCUUUUGGGUAGGAUUCUGCUUCUCUGUCCCCUGAAGUUAGGUUUGGCAAUGUGAUUUACUUUUACCAAUAAAGUGUGGACAUAAGAGGCAUGUGGCACUUCUGGGCAGAAAGCUUUUAACAGCCAGUACGUUAUUUAUUAUGUCCCCCUCUUCCUACCAUGGCAAACAUUGAAGCAUGUAUCAAGAUGGGGUGGGCCUUCAUCCGCUUAGAUGCAUGAGUCACAGCAACGAGCAGACCUUCCCUGCUUGUCUACUAUGGACAUUUAAUGUGAGAGAGAAUUUUUGUUUUGCUAACUCACUGAGGUUUUAACAUUUUAUUAUAACAUAAUCCUUUCUAUCCUGACUAACAUACAUCCUCCAUGUUCAUAUACAAAUGAAAACAAAAGGAAUUUCUAUUCUGGUUGCUCAAAAAAGUGUCCUAGUAUUAACUCUGAAUAGCUAUGGUUAGUGAUGUUCCUAAUUUCUGAACGAAUCCUGUGUUCUGAUUGGCCAGGUCAAGGUCACAUCUUUAUCCUUGAGUCAGAGGGGAAAUCAGCCCACCCAAUGCUCAUGGGCAAAGUAAAAGAGAUGUAGGUACCCAAAAGAAAUAGUGAUAUCAGAAAAAUGGAGGAUGAGUGCUAGGCAAAUUAAAACAGCACAGGUCUUCUAUACGAUAAGAAAGGAAAAAUUUCUGCAGCAUUUUAUUUUUAUUUUGGAGCAGGCGUCGCAUUGUUAGACCUUUUAGAAGGUCAGUGUCUUUCUAAAGCUAUUGAAGAGAGUUUUAUGGUCUUCUUUAUUGCCAUGCUAUAAAUAGAUAUGUCAGGAAAAAAUUAUAAAUUUGAAGCCUAAAGUAGAAAUACCAUGUCAGCCCAUAUCCACUUGUCAGUAAUAAAGUAAAAGAUUAAAAUACGAAUGUGACUACCUUUCCUUUUCUCAAGUUUCUUCCACAGUAUCACCCAAAUUUCAGCCUUUAUUCAGCUUUAGGGAAGAUACCUCCAAUGAGAUGACAGGUCUGCCCUCUCUGUCUUUGGAUUCUUACAGCAAUUGAUCUGUCUACAUCUCACUGACAUUCAUUAAUUCUGCCUUUUAGGACUCAAGAUAAAAGCAAAUUUUGUACCACUUCCAUGUGUGUGGAAGCUUCUAGGAUGGACCUGGCACUAAGUAAAGAACAGGUUCUCACUGUAUAUUUUUAAAAAUUUAAAGAUACCCUGGCCCAGUCUUUUCUUCUUUGGGUUAAUCUUGUCAUGUUCUUUCAGUUUUUUCUUGAAUUAGUGUUUCUAAAUCUCCUAACUGUACUGUUUUCUCCUUCUUGUGCUCCAGUUUGUCUAUGUAUAUGAUUUGCUUCCAUUUAAAAAAAUUCAGUCUAUAAUCUCUGUCUUUUGUGUGUGUAGACCACUUACAUUUAUUGUAACUAUUGAAAUGUUUGGAUUUAGGUCUACCAUUUUAUAAUUUGUUUUCUGAUUAUUCCUUCUAAUUUUCAUUCUUCUGUUUUCCCUUUCCUGUGUUCUUUGGGGUUAUUUAAACAUUUUUUUAAUACUCCAUUUUAAAAACAUCAUGUUUGCCUAUUUCUGUUUGUAUAGUGUUGUUAGAGGUUGCUCUAGGGAUUAGAAUACACAUACUUAACAUGGUCUGUUUACAAUCAAUAUUUUACUACUUCAAGUGGAACAUGGAAACAUUACUCAUAUAUCUCUAAAUCUCUUUAUAUUGUAGUUCUCUCAUAUACUACAUUUAUAUACAUUAAAAACUCCAUUAGAUAAUGUGAUCAUUUUCAAUUUCAGUUUUCAAAACUAUUUCUGUUUUUCUUCCUUUAUUUCUGAUGUUCCAUUUUUCCUUCUGAUUUCCCUUCUAUCUGAAGAACUUCCUGUAGCAAUUCUCUUAAUUUUCUUUCAACUGAAAAUAGCUACAUCACCUUCAAUUCUGAAAAAAUGUUUUCAUUGAAUGUAUUUCUUUUCUCUCAGCCUUUAAAAAAUGUUCUACUUCCUUCUGGCCUCCAAGAGGUUCUAAUGAGAAAUCCACAAUUAUUCAAAUCAAAUUUCUGGCUUUUGGGCUGGAUUGAGUACAGGCUGGGAGGAAAACAAGAAGAAUGAUAUACUCACCACCAGUUUACUGAGACUUCAAAGUAUGGUUUUUUGCAUUCUGGGGUCAUGUGCUCUGCCCAGGUUUUCUACUUGCAUUCAGUGGGGGCGAAAAGAUGGAGUAUUGUAACUUCAACUUACCAGGAACCUCCAUGUGCAUCUGUUUUCGAGAUACAUAGUUCAACAGAAGCUGCUAACGCCCCUUUUAUGUUAACACUAUGUGUGGUAUGUGUGCAUAUUUGUGUGUAUUUAACAAAAUCUAACAUAGUCCUUAGUAUGUGCCAACCAUAGUUUUAGGUGCAAGUUAACUCAUUUAAUCCUCAUGACAGUCCCAUGAGAUGUGUAUAAUUAUUGUCCCAUACUUUACAAAUGAAGAAAUUAAAGGAAUGAAAGUUUAAGUAAUUUGACCAAGGUCACACAGCUAGUAAGUGGUGAAGCCAGGAUUCAAAUCCUCAGGGAAUCUGGUUUCAGAGUCUGGCUCCUAACCAUUACACUAAGCUGCCUUUAAUUAACUAUGAUUAUGUAAUAAUUAUACUAAAACAGUGAGAAGAAAUAAUGCCUUCUCACAACAGUGAGAAGAAAUAAUUUCUUACAACAGUGAGAAGGAAUAAUGCCUUCUCACAAUAGUGAGAAGAAAUAAUGUCUCAUUGUUAUUGACCACUUUCUAUAUCUUUGUUUUAUUCCAGCCACUUUAUACACAUUAUCCAAUAAUAAAUGUGUUCAUUUGUCCAAUUUUUAUUGAGAAUUAUGUCAGGUACUGUGCUGGGUGCUAAGGUUCCAGAAGUGAACAAGACAAACCUGCCCUGGUGGAGGCUACAUUCUAGUAGGAGGAAGUCAUGAAACAAAUGACUCACGUAUACCUAUGUGAUUGCAGCUGUGAAAACUGUCAUAGAGGAGACUGUUAGGAGAACAUUCUAGUGGGGUUUCUAAAUUAGUCUACCAGUCAGGAUAAGACAGAUUAUUUUGAAAUAACAACCUUGACAUUUCAAUGGCUUAAAACAAUGAAAACUUAUUUCUUGCUUAUGCUACAUGUCUAUGAGAAGUAGGCUGAGAGUUCUGUUCUCCAUCAGUAUUUUUGUCCCCCUUACUCCAGGACACAGGCAAACAGAGCCGCCACUAACAAGCACAUGGCCAUUUUCAGGACAGGAAAAGAAGUAACACAGUAGCUUCUGCUCAUAUUUCAAUGGCCAAAGUAAGGGUUAUGGUCCCUCCUAACUUAUAGGGGCUAGGAAAAGUGCAGUCCUACCGUGCCUGAAAGAAGAAAACCAGAAAUAUUUGAGGAGUGGCACUAAGAUCUGCCAGUCUGGUUUUGAGGUCAGGAAAGGGUUCCUUAGGAGGCAAUGUUUGAGUUGAAUUCUGAAGCAAAAGGCGAAGGGAUUGGGGUGGGGAGUAGAUGGAAGCACAAAAUGUGACUAAUGUGGUAGAGUAACUCAAGGCCUUGUAUGCCAAUUUAAGGGUUUAAUAUUCAUCCUAAGAGCUAUGAGAAGCCAGUAAGAGACUUUAAGAGGGAAUCAUAAGAUUUAUAUUUUAUCUGGGAUCCUAUGGCUAGUGUGGAGAAUAGAUGAUGGUGGGAAUAGGGGUGGGGAAUGCAUAAGGAAAAACCAGUGAGGAAGCCAUUGUCCUAAUGUAGGCUGGAGAAGAUGGAGGCUUGAUUUAGGCAUCAACAGUUGAGAGAAGUGGGUAUAUUGAAGAAACAGGGUUUCCAGAUUGAUGGGAUAAUCCUCCAAGAUCCCUUGAGGAAUCUAUUAUUAUUAUCCCCAUUUUCUCAGUGAGGAAAGUAGGGUUUGGAGAAAUAAUAGAGUUCAGCUAUUGAGUGGCAAACCAGUGAUUCAAACCUGAGCCUGGUGCUAAAACCUGUGCUCUUAACUACCAUGUCACACUACUUCAGUCAAAUGUUUUGAGAAGCAUUAUUUUAUGUCCUGUAAUGGAGAAAGGAUGCAAAUUUUUAGGGCUUCUACUUGGUGCAAAUGCAUCUGGCAGAUAGACCCUUUGAUGGCAGAUGUCAUGACUUACUGUUCUCUGCUCACCUUAGAGCCAUACCAGCUAUGCAAUAAAUCCCAGUUGAGUUUAUAUUGAUGAGGUGUUAAAGUCA